UUAACGUCAACGAGAACCCUAACCCCCUAAUAUCUAGAAUAUUUGGCUUCGUUUUCCUUCACUUUCUUGUUGAUUUUUCCAUUAGGCCAUAUAAUAUGGGUUCAUUAUCGUCACCGUCUUCUUCUGUUUCUCCUGCAAAAUCGUCAAAUGUGGGAGAUUCCUACAUUGGGAGCUUUAUUAGUCUCAUUUCAAAGUCCGAGAUUCGCUACGAGGGCAUCCUCUAUCAUCUUAGCGUUCAAGAUUCCAUUAUUGGCCUCAAGAAUGUAAAGUCUUAUGGAACAGAAGGUCGAAAGAAAGAUGGCCCCCAAAUUUCCUCAAGCGAUAAGGUUUAUGAAUUCAUUCUUUUCCGUGGAAGUGAUAUUAAGGAUUUGCAAGUUAAGACCGCACCACCUGCACAAACUGAAGAACCAAUUCCUGAUGACCCUGCUAUCAUUCAGUCACACUAUGCAGGUGUUCCUUUAAGUUCUUCAGCUUCUGUUGGUGGUAAAACUUUGGCAGAAUCUGCUCUGGUGCAAGAUAUGCCGGCUUUGACAAGCACAGGCUAUCCGACUGCACUGACUUCGUUGCAGUCUGUAAACCAUGUUGGUUCAAAAAAUCUUUCCCAGGCUGCUGAAGAUUCUGGUCAAUCAUUUUCUAUGUCAAUGAAUUGGCAAGGAUAUAAUGGAACAUCAAUCAAUAGGUCUAAUACUUCCCAGCACUCUAUUCCUUUUCAACCCCCAUCCAUGGUUUCAUCUUCCUUGUCAGCACAGAAUCAGAUGCCUGCUGCAGCAUUGACUGAUUCUCCAAUAAUGGGAUUAACAAAUGCAUCAGAAUUUGCUACUCCUGUACCAUCUGUUGCCUCUAAUAAUUCAACUUUUAGUCCUGUACAAUAUUCUCUUUCUCAUGAUAUGCCAUCCUUCUCAUCUGUUAAAACGUCCCUACCAUCUCUUACUUCAUAUACUAAUAUUAAUAGGCAAACGGUAUCUUCAGUUCCAUACUCUAGUGAAGAUACAGGUCUCACUAAUGUUCAAAAUGUUAGUAAAGCUGUUUCUGACCCUAAAACAGUGUACACUGCCCAAUCUAUGCCUUACCCUAUAUCUUCUUAUGAGGCUUCUACUUCAAGCCCCUUGUUAACACCAGCUCCAUGUCUCUUAAGUCCUGAUCAAUUGGCACAGUCUAGAUCACAUGUGCUUUCUUCCAUAGUGUACCCUGAUCAGAAGAAUACGGAUCCUCUGACUCCUUUAUCAUCUACGUCACUGUCCUUUGUUCCUUCUCCAGCUUCUCAAGAACCAUUAUUGCCAUUGCCAAGUACUGUACAGAAGUUCACUGAAGAAUUUGAUUUUGAAGCCAUGAAUGAGAAGUUUAAAAAGGAUGAAGUUUGGGGUUAUCUUGGAAAGGCAAAUCGGGGAGAUAACACAGUGGGCACAGAGGACAACCAAGGCUUCGAGGACAAAGAGGUUCCUCGCCUGGUGCCUCAUUUUGAUGCUAAGCCUGCAUACAAGAAAGAUGAAUUCUUUGACACAAUUUCUUGUAAUACACUCAGCCAGGGAAGGAAUGGUCAGAACCGAUUCUCUAACCGAAUGACGCUAGAUAAUGAGACUUUUGGUUGGCGCAAUCAGAGACCUAAUCCUGGCUAUGGUGGAUGGGGUGCCGGACGUGGCUAUUACUAUCAUGGCAGACAUAAUGGAGGAAGGGGAUAUGGUUAUGGUGGGAGGGGGAAUGGGAACUUGCCUUUCUGAUGCAGCCCUUUCAAACCACCACCACACUCCCGCCCUCCCUUCUCAAGAGAUCCAUUUGUUUUUGCACAUCAUGGUCCACCUUUCAUUUCAGCUUGCCUUAUUUUUAAUAUUUUGCAUCGGAAGGAUUUAUCCUCAAGGUAAUAUGAUAACUACAUGAGGUAUCUAUAUCUGGUGAUUUUAAUGUUGAGAUACCUGGUAGGAACCAUUAAAUUGAACAAUUAUGGCAAGUUCAUGUUUUUUUGGGUAAUGGGCUGCCUUUUCACUUUUAUUGUUAGAAGGAACAAUGCAAUUAGGUUUUCGAAUCGAUCUAUAUCUUGAACUCCUUUUCUACUUAGGUAUGCAUAUUUGUGCUCUGUAAAUUAUGGGCAGACAUUGUAUUGAUUUAGUGUUCUGGAAAUAUGCUAAGGUGGCGUUGGGAUGCCCCAUAUUAAUGAAAGCAUUAUUAAAUUCAGCUGAUUAA